AUGCAUUCGUCGCACGACUUGCACUGCAGCCAUAGGAGAUCACUACCUGUGUCCGCCACCAGGGUUUGUACCAUGGCCGGGGUGCCAACGCUGAUGUUCACGGCUACCGCGCCCCUGAUAGACGAAAACUCUUCCUUGGAGAGUUGGUUGACCAAGGCGGCCAUGCGGGCGGCGUCUCUUCUCAACCGAGCUUCCGAGCUAGAGUUGGACGAACUGUCCAAGUCAAUCAAUGGAAUCCUCGUGCUCGGGCGGAGGGUGGUCGGGUUUGUUUUCGUUGGGCGGGCGGUGGUGGUGGAGAGGAGGAGGAGGAUGAGGAGGAGAAAUGCUAGGGAUGCAACAAGAUUAAUAGUACUCAUGGCUAACUAA